AUGGAGCCGGCGGUCAGCAGCAUCCAGGUGCUGCUACAGGCGGCCGAGUUUCUGGAGCGGAGGGAGCGUGGGGCGGACUUAUCCCGGUGCCCGCCGGGCCUAGCCGAGGCCGAGCACGGCUACGCCUCGCUCUGCCCCGCGCGGUCCCGCCGAACCUUGGGCAGCGUCCGGUCGGUGCACAACGCGCUGGAGAAGCACAGGAGAGCUCAGCUCCGGUGCUGCCUGGAACGACUGAAGCAGCAGGUGCCAGUGGGUGCGGGGCCGGCUCGUUCCACUACCCUGAACCUCCUACACCGCGCCCGGCUUCACAUCCAGAGGCUGGAGGAACAGGAUAUGAGGGCACGGAGGGCUAAGGACCGGCUGCAUAACCGGCAACGGAGCCUGCGGCAGCGACUGGAACAACUUCUCUCGCCUGCCGGUGCUGGGGAACGGACCCGGGCUGACAGUUUAGACUCGUCCCAGCUCUCGGAGCCCUCUGAGGGAGAGGAUGACGAGAUAGAGGUGACUGGUGCAGUAUUCGGUGGGGACCUGCUGUCCAGUUUCGGCACUGGGAGGGACCACAGCUACUCCAGUCCCCGCGGCCUCGCAUCCUGACAGCGCCUGCUGCCUUCCCUGCACUGCCUGCUCAUCUCCUCCCUGCCGACUGCCGCAGGAAACGCAGCCUCAUCAGGCCUCCUCACAGCUGCGCGGGUAAGGGGCCACAGGUGGGGGCAAGCACACAACUUGGUCCCUCCACUGCUGGGCCGCUGAGCAGCACUGGCCACUGUGCUGUGUGCACAGGGCUGGCACAGCACUGUGGCACACACUGUGCAAUGCAAUGCACUGUCAUAGAGCCUGGCUAUCAUACAGACACCCUUCCAUGCACCCCCAGGCAAUCUGGGGGCUGCCUGGCAUGGCUGUGGGCCAGCACUGCCCCCAGCAGACAUGGCUACAGGAGGGCUCCGCCACACCUAGAAAGCCAGAAAGGGAAAAUGAGCGCAUUAAGCAACCUGCCUUCAUGCCCC